AACUUUCACCCUCAGAGAAAAGCAAUCGAGUUUUGAAUCCCAGCUUCAGUCCAUACAGGACAGCUGCGAUAAUUUAAAAAUCGAGUACCCAAAGCAGCUUGAAAUUAUGCGUAACGAGCUCAUCCUGAGCUGUCUGGGGAAUCCCCUGAUAUGCAGCAACGGUUGAACCGCCUCGUUCGAUUUUCCCACCGUACGGCGCGAGACUUUUUUUCUGGCAGUAAAGACAGGAUCGCGAUCCUCAAAGAAUCUUUCAGUAACUUUGAUGGCAGUAGUGUCUAUGGGAGACUACGCCUCGCUGAGUUCGCCUCAUGCGUUAGGCAUCUCAUUCACGAAGAGAGUGUUAGGGUGGCUUCUGCAGUGGAUAGAUAUGAUGCAUCCUCAACACACCAACAAAUGGAUUAUUGACGGAUUCCAAUCUGUAAUUCAACGAUUACAGCCACUCCUCCUGUUCUCCCUAGCUCAACAUCAUUCUACCUGGGCCGCAGUAGACAAGUUCAUACUUUCAUAUGGAACCAAGUCGAACCCAUUGCUCGCUGCAAUAUACGCGAAAGAUUGGGGAAGGGCUAUAUGUGUUAUCGAGAACGGGGUCGAACUAAAUUCUGCCAUAUAUCCACCGUUGCGUAUAGGAUUAUUUGACUGGCCCCUAUGGACUAUAGCAUUGAUCUGUCUUAUUCACCAUCAGUUCUCGAAUCGCGACUACGUGAGUGAUGCUAAUAGAGUAGCUCGUCGGAUUUUUCGGUGUAUCGCGGACAGCGCAAGAGAAUUCAGUCUCACUUUAGCCUGGUGGGACAACAAUAGCAAGUUGCCACAACCAGUGAAUCUGGAACUUGAUUCGGUAAUCAACAUCCUUGAUCUCGCCACAAGCGGUUUGGAGAAUGGCGGAGACAGGCAUGAGGUUACGACGAAACGACAGGGAGUCAAAUUUUCAAAGAUAUACCAAGCCCUUAUGGAGGGAGCAGAUAUUUUUUUAUAUUCUAUGUGUUGGAAGAACAGAAUCUAUUACUUCCAAUUCCAGCUCAUUGGCUUCCCCCCCCAAGAAUGACCCCGUCCGGAUAGAAAUCGAAUAAACAUGGGGGGCAAUCUGGGACGCAGUUCAGUUUACUAUUCUAUCCGAUUAGAGAGGUCCCUAUAAACGUUUGAAAAUGCAAUACUGCUAUUAUAGAGUGUAUAAGAUACCUAAGUACCUACCUAGGUAGUUAAGGCAUCGCCAUCCAAGUACGGCACGGUUCGAUUCUACAAUUGUAUUGGCUAGCUACUCCCACUACCCAUUAAUGACUUCCCUGCCAAGACGUAGAUCACCAUGAGCAUCAACCAUUCCAGGGGCAAAAUUAUUGGUACACAGAAAACGAUGGAGCCUACGGUUGGUCUAUUGAUGUAAAUAUUGGUAUUGGGUUCCAUUGGAAGACGGGAAUCAAAAACACACGAUACUAAG